CUGCCGCCAUGGCGGUGCGGAGCCGCGGCGCUUGGCGGCGGCUAUUGCUGCUGCUGCUCCUGGCCGGCUCCGCCGCCAGCCCGGCGGAGGAGGGCGGCGGGCGGCGGGAGGCGGGCGGCGGGGAGCACGGCGAGGAGGCGGCGCGGUCUCAUCACGAUUCCUCGUACGGCACCUUCGCCAGCGAGUUCUACGACCUGCGCUACCUCUCCGAAGAAGGCUACCCUUUCCCUACUGCUCCUCCUGUGGAUCCAUUUGCAAAGAUCAGAGUAGAUGACUGUGGAAAAACCAAGGGAUGCUUCAGGUAUGGUAAACCUGGAUGCAAUGCGGAGACUUGUGACUACUUUCUAAGUUACCGUAGAAUAGGAGCUGAUGUUGAAUUUGAGUUGAGUGCUGAUACUGAUGGCUGGGUGGCGGUGGGAUUUUCUUCAGACAAGAAAAUGGGAGGAGACGAUGUCAUGGCUUGCGUUCAUGAUGAUAAUGGAAGAGUCCGAAUACAGCACUUCUAUAAUGUUGGUCAGUGGGCUAAAGAAAUCCAGAGGAAUCCUGCUAGAGAUGAAGAAGGGGUUUUUGAAAACAAUCGUGUGACAUGUCGAUUCAAGCGUCCAGUGUAUGUUCCCCGAGAGGAAACCAUUGUAGAUCUUCACUUGAGUUGGUACUAUCUGUUUGCUUGGGGUCCAGCAAUUCAAGGUUCUAUAACCCGUCAUGAUAUAGACUCACCACCUGUAUCAGAGCACGUUGUCAGUAUUUACAAGUAUGAAGAUAUUUUCAUGCCAUCAGCUGCCUAUCAGACCUUCUCUUCUCCAUUCUGCUUGCUCCUCAUUGUUGCACUGACCUUUUAUUUAUUGAUGGGAACUCCAUGACUAUGGAAAACAACAAGAAUUUGUCAGUGGAAAAUCCUCAGGAUGGACGGCUAUAUGGAUGGACAAUGCAUUUUUCUAUUGGAAUUUAUAUCACACCACCACCCUCAUCUAGCUGCUUUUGAACAUAGUUAGCUUCUCAGAAGAAUGAAAUAACCAUCUCGUUUGAGUGGCAAAGUGGUGACAAAUCAUUUAACAAUAAUCAGUGAACACAUAGGAGAAUAUUUUCAGUGUUGUGACUACUUGCUUAAAGAAAAGGAGACUUGUAAAAUCAACGUGCGUGUGUGUAUGUGUGCUUGGGAGGCGUGUCUGUAUGCGUGUUUAGGAGAAUUUAGUGAUGGACAUCUUAUCACAUAACAAAAUUGCCUUCCAAAUUGCUCCCAAAAGCGAAUUUGGGAAAACAUUCUAAUGCUGUUUGGUACUUCUGGAGCAGACAGCACAACUCCAAAUGCUUUUUCUGAACUUGAGAUCUGGAUACUGACACAGCAGCAUAAAACAUGCCCUUCAAUAAUGGACAGUUCUCCCAGGUGUUUUUUUAUAUCUGUCAAGGUUCAUGUGACCUGGUACUUUACAAAACUAAAUUUGCAUAAUCAAGCAUUAACAUGAUUUUUUUCAAUGGAAAAAAGGUGACAAAUGUCUUGCUUUAUUAUGAUAGUGUUUAAACAGCCUUCUUGAAAGAAAUGGAUACUUCUUUUCUGAGUGAUAUAAAGUUAUUUAAACAAGGGGAAGGGAGAAUACAGUAAUGAAAAUUUUCCAUACAUAGGUGAACCACAUGUAAAACAUACAGAAUAUAGAAGAUCCCGACAAGCUACAGAUUAAAUCUCAAUAGAUUAAAUCAAUUUUUCUCUUUUUAUGAAAAAAACCCAAACAAAACCAAACAGUGAUUUUGCUGACAUGUAAAUAUAUUUUUAAGCAGUCAUGUAAUAGUAUGAAGAAAUCUGUUUUUCUGUGUUGUAUGCCUGUAUAUCCUGUUCAUGUUAAGGUUGAAUAUGAGCAGCUGAUGUUAACUUACAUAGAAAUGGAAAUACAAUUGUGAUUAUUUGUAAGGAAAUAUAGGGAUUAAUAAGAAGAGCAGUAGCUUUAGUUUCACCAAACCAUUGCUAAGAAGUAGUUACUAUGAAAAAAAGGUGAGGUAAAGAGGAAAUACAUUAGACUUUUUUAUCACUAAUAAGUAUUACAAAGAUGAAUGCUAAAUAUUACAAAGAUGAAUGCUAAAUGUAAUUAUGAGCCACAGAAUAUUAUGAAAAACUUUAAGUUCUUGUGGAGAGUUUCUGUUUUUCACCUAAUAGGAAGUGUAUGACACAUCUACAUGUAGCAGUCAAAUAUGUUUAGAUAAAGUUGUUAAUUCACUUCUCAACUUGCAUUAAAUUCUAUUUAAAUAGAAUUAAAAUUUAAAUUGUGCCAAA